GUUCUCUUCCUAUUAUAUAUCUAAUUCCUUAACCUUUAGACAUGGACCUAGCUACACGACCCGAGCCCUUUAAAUAUCAACCUCUACGCACGGAUGAAAUAAGAUUAAUUAGUUUAAUCGUAGAGCACUCAUCGAUUAUAAGAUGUUAUCUUCAUCACGCAAGGCUCUGGCCCAACACUUCGUUCCGUGCCUUAUCAUACGUGUGGGGUAACACGGAGAACAUGAAAACAAUACUUGUCAAUGGAAGAUCGCUCAGGGUUACCGAGAACCUCCACGCUGCCUUGCUCGAAUUCAGACGGAGAUUGCUUGAGGGUCCAGAAAUACUAGUUGAUGAAGAUCCCAGAACCUUUGAUCUAUGGGUAGAUGCCAUCUGUAUUAAUCAAAUUGAUAUGGAUGAGAAAGCGCUACAGAUACCAAGAAUGGGUGAUAUAUACAGUAUGGGCGAACAGGUUGUCGCGUGGUUGGGUCCUAUUGCUCCUGAAGAACAUGACGCUGUGCAAGAAAUGACGGUGCUGUUAGAGGAUUUCGAACGCCAGGCGGGCCACCCGAAGGCCCCACUACGGGAAGUCAUCGAAAAAUAUAUCGAAGAAAGUCUGAAAGAAAACAACGCUCGGUCAGAGCUUUCUAGACUUAUGGCAACGCUAAAGCGAGUUGGCGCGAAUACAUGGUUCACGCGCAUCUGGAUUGCACAAGAAGUUGUUCUCGCUCGGGAAGAGCCGAUUUUGCUUUUGGGGCCCGUGUCCAUGAGUUUACGGGUACUUCUAUCCGCGUGGAUAUACUUAGUAUUUCGCUCGGACUAUGUCAAGUCGUCAACUCCAUUGACAUAUUUUAGACUCCGGGGAUUCUAUCUACUUCCUAACGAGGCCGAGCUUUCCAGUCUGGAUACUGCUCAUUUAGAGGAAGUUCAGGCCUUCAGUAUGCUCAGAUGGCUCGACAGAACGUAUCAAUUGAAUGCAACGGUACCCCACGAUCGUAUUUACGGGUUAUUAGGACUCUUCAGAGGCCGAUCUCGUUCAAUACUUCCCAAUUAUAACCAGCCCUAUGAGAAUGUUUAUUUUCAAUACGUGAAGUUUAUUCUCUUCAGGGCGAAGGACACCCGUGUGCUAGGGCUUGGUCCUGUCGGGGCUUUGCGUGGCGUUCCGUCCUGGGUUCCAGAUCUUAGAACGCAAGUUCCAAUUGGGGUCGAUGAUGAACCUGGAAACCCCGUCUGUUCGCAUUUUAGCUUCUCAACAUGGACAGACGUUUUGACGCUCCCGGGUAUAAUCUUAGGAACUUGCAUUUCUGUCUUUCCUACCCAACCACCCCGAACUAUGAAUGAGCCAACCCACCCGCCGAGCACGUUUCUUGACUGCGAGAAGGCGAUACUCACAGUAAGCUCAUCCAUUACAAAAAUUCCGCGUGAUCAACUUCUUCAACAAUGGCUGCGAAGUCGCGUAUCUCGAUUCUUCCAGGAUGACCCACACGAUUGGCCCGACGGCUUUGAACAGGCUUUCCUGGAUGCAUAUGAGUCCAUGAUACGGUCCAAAACUUUCAUACGUCCAAACUUCGGCAUGAGAAUUAAACCGACAAUGGACGAAGAGGCGCACGAUCUACUUCAUAGCGCGAAAUGGCAGCAGAUGAUCCUUGGGCAGGGCUCAUUUGUUCUCGAGGACGGCACAACAGGGUUUCUCUGGGGUGACCAUGCUAACCCAGAACCAGGCGAUAUACUAUGUGUAUUUCCAGCACUGACAGCUCCUAUUCUAGUGCGAUCGAAUGGUAAGUCCCAGUAUAUAAUGGUGGGCACCGUCACAUUGGACAAGUAUCCGCGAGGGCUUGACGAUAACCAAGAGGAGUAUCAAAGCUAUUGUGGACAAUUUAUGUCCAUGCAUGAGGGUGCACAAGAUAAAAUAAGUAAUUUUGAUAUAGUCUAAGUAGGCGCAAAGAGUUUUGUUCUUGUUAUAUUAUAUAUACUAUAUCUAUAAGGUAGCUUCAAUAACCCGAAUUCGAAAAUAUAUUCUCGCCAAG